CGUCAAAACGGAAUAUGUUAUUCAGCAGCGCAACACAGCAAACGCUUUCACUGUCGAGUAAAGCAAACUGUGUAUUUUGCGAUAAAGUAUUGUUUUUUAACUUAUUAGACUUUCGAUUAUACAUGUGACUAAAGAGAAGCAAAAUAAAAAAAAUGACGGACGAGUCUUUAAAUGUGAUGGGCAAAAUCGGAAUUUUGUGCACGGUCGUAGUUGGGUUUCAAAUUUUGAAAUUUUUGUUGGAAGUUAUUUAUUAUCAUUUCCUUGCUCCGGCAUUAAAAAUCAACGCCGUUAACAUCAAGAAAACUGGAAAAUGGGCCGUUGUCACUGGUGCAACGGACGGCAUCGGCAAAGCGUUCGCCCAAAUACUAGCCCAAGAAGGGUUAAACGUCGUCUUAAUUAGCAGAACGCAGGUCAAACUAGACGAAGUGGCUGAUCUAAUCGCGAAAAAAUAUAACGUCGAGACUAGAACGGUUGCGGUGGAUUUCACUAAAACCGACGAGAUUUACCACGUCAUAGACAAACAAAUCCACGAUCUGGAUAUUGGUGUUCUUGUAAAUAACGUCGGAAUGAGUUAUCCCUACCCGGAAUAUUUCUUAGACUUAAAAAAUCGAGAUGAAGUUUACGAAAAUAUUAUCCGUUGCAACGUAUUAUCGGUAACAAACAUGUGCAAAAUUGUAAUGCCGGGAAUGACCGAGAGAAGACGUGGAGUCGUCAUUAAUAUCGCUUCAACUGCUGCGUUGAUACCGAGUCCUCUCUUAACCGUCUACGGCGCAUCGAAAUCUUACGUGGAAAAAUUAUCAGCCGAUUUAUCAACCGAAUACUCCAAAUACGGCAUCACAGUGCAAUGUCUACUUCCUGGUUACGUCGCAACCAAUAUGUCCAAGAUAAAGUCUUCUACGUGGAUGGCACCGUCCCCUAUAAAAUACGUCCAACACGCUCUUGCCACCUUGGGGAUUAGAGAGAAAACCACGGGGUAUUUUCCUCACACUUUACUCGUAGGCUUCGUUCGUUUUAUAGAUUCGUUGUCGCCCCAUUUGUCGAGGUGGUUGAUCGUAAGGACCAUGACAAAUAUCCGAGCAAGAGCACUUAGAAGAAUAAAAUAGCGUUA